AUGACUGCCGCUCCUCCGCAUCGAUCCUGCGGGGACUCCUCGGUCUACCACGGUCCGCGGUGCGAGCCUGCGAGCUGGUGCGACCUGGAAGUGACGAUAGCCGGAGGCGGUCAUCGCGGGAACAUGUAUUGGUAA